CUCAAAAUUCCCAAUUUCUCUUUUUGUUUUCGCUUUCAAAAUUCUCAAUUUUUCUCAUUGUUUUUGUGACGCUCCCAUGCCUUAAACGCGGCGCUAACGUAUAACCCUCUUAAUUUUCUCGUCAUGAAUCAUGAUUACCAAAAAGAGAGAUUAUGGAAAUGGGUUUAUCUGGGAUGAUGAAUCAAGGAUCAAACUUUCAGAAAUUGGAGAUUGAGUCAUCAUCAUCAUCCUCUGAUCAUGAGUUUCACUCGAUGAAUGCGCUUGAGAUCUUGAGAGAAACCGUACGAAUUCUCCGGUAUAAUCUUGGUGCUUUCAUGUUAAUCGCACUUCUUUUGAUCUGUCCUGUUUCAGCAAUCCUGUUACCAAACCUUUUAGUUGAUCAAUCAGUUGUUAAUUCACUCACUGUGAGGCUUCUCUUAGUUUCGAAAUCCAGUGGUCUUCCUUUGUUGCCUUUUGUGAGAAACUCUUGUCAGAAAUUCUCUGAGACUGCUGUUUCAUCUGCAAUGUGUUUCCCUUUGUUCAUCACUUUGUCACUAUUGUCUAGAGCUGCUGUGGUUUACUCUGUGGAUUGCACUUAUUCGAGGAAAAAAGUUGUGAUAAGCAAGUUUGUGGUGAUAAUGCAGAGACUAUGGAAACGUCUUGUGAUCACAUACUUGUGGAUUUGUACGGUGAUUGUUGUUUGCCUCACUUCGUUUUGUGUCUUCCUUGUUGCUGUGUGUAGCUCGUUUUAUGUUCUAGGAUUCUCUCCUGAUUUCAAUGCUUAUGGAGCUAUCUUAGUUGGGUUGGUGUUCUCGGUAGUGUUUGCAGAUGCUAUAAUAAUCUGCAACACUACGGUUGUGAUUUCUAUUCUCGAAGAUGUUUCGGGGCCACAAGCGUUGGUGAGAGCGAGUGAUCUGAUCAAAGGACAGACUCAGGUUGGUUUGUUGAUAUUCCUAGGAUCAACAAUAGGAUUGACAUUCGUGGAAGGAUUGUUUGAGCAUAGAGUGAAGAGUCUAAGUUAUGGAGAUGGGUCUUCGAGGCUAUGGGAAGGUCCACUUCUGGUGGUGAUGUAUACAUUUGUGGUGCUUAUUGAUACAAUGAUGAGUGCAGUGUUCUAUUUUAGUUGUCGGUCUUAUAGUAUGGAAGCUGUUGAGGCUUUGGAAGCGUCUGGAGAAAUCGUAUCCCAAGAUUUAUCUCUUCUUUAAGAUUUUGUUUUUAAGUUUUCAGAACAUUUUGAAGAUCUAAGACAGAGCAAAGGAAGGCGUCAAAAGAGUUAGUUGAAUUGGAAUCAGAAGUAAAUUUGAGAGGCCAUGUAUAUGAAAAGGAGAUUUUAGUUGAGCAUUCUUUUUUUUUUCUUAAUGGGAUUUGGGACUCUUCUUUAAUUUAGUUUUUUCUUAAACAUUUUGAGAUUUGUCACAUAUCAUGAGGGCACAUGUCCUUCGUAUUUUGGUCUUAUUUUGUCAAUAGUCAAAUAUAAAAUGUUCAUUUUUCUCUGCAAA